GCGCCAGCGUUUAGCCAGCGCGCGCGCGGCUAGCAGCAUUAGCAUCAGUAGCUCACCCAGGCUUCCACGGACUCCCACUCCAGUUUGUCCAGAUCCUGAGCCAGAAACCUCUUCACGUUGCCCCGGAAGUUCACUUUAAUCGUAACGGGCGGCCCCAUGUCGGCCGUCUGUCGAGCGCGCGCCGGGCUAUCAUUUGCGGCGACGCCGGGGCCUUGUUUGAUCCCCCUUGUUGCCCUCGACUGUCUUUUCUUGUUUACAUCGUCAGCUGCGUCGAAGAAAAAUACGGUGACGUUUCUGCGCGUGCGCAGUUGCACUCUCCUCCCCCCCCCCCCCCCCCCCCUGGCUGUCGCGUGUCAUCGACGUCAUCUUUAAGCUCACACAAGUGUGGCUGGCAGGAGAAAAAAAAAAAAUAAGCCACAACUGUUGGGACAAUCGGGUUUUUUUACGCCUAUUUUGAGUCCAUAAGAUGUCUUCACUUCUCAAGGUGGACAAUGAAAUUAAAAUCAAGGUCGAUGCUUUCAGGGAACGUAUCACUUCAGAAGCAGAAGAAUUAGUUUCAAGUUUUUUCCCAAAGAAGUUGCUGGAGCUUGAUCACUUCUUAAAGGAUCCAAUCAUAAACAUCGCUGACCUGAAGGAGAUCCACUCGGAGAUAAACCUGACGCUGCCAGACCCCAUCUUGCUCUCGAGCCUGCAUGACGGACUAGAAGCGCAAAAUGCCAAAAAGAAAAGGCUCGAGGAUGGAGUCGGGGAGGACAAGGUGACGGGCACCAAGGUCUUUGUCAUGCCCGGUGGGAUGAUGAAGAGCAACGGAAGCCUUGUUGAACUCAUUGAGAAGGUCAAACCAGAGAUCCGGACACUCAUAGAGAAAUGUAACACGGUCAAAAUGUGGGUCCAGCUGCUGAUCCCCAGGAUAGAAGACGGCAACAACUUCGGAGUGUCAAUCCAGGAGGAGACGGUCGCUGAACUGAGAACAGUUGAAGGGGAGGCGGCGUCUUACCUCGACCAGAUAUCGAGAUACUACAUCACGAGAGCAAAGCUGGUUUCUAAAAUAGCUAAAUAUCCACAUGUGGAGGACUAUCGGCGCACGGUAACCGAGAUUGAUGAGAAGGAAUACAUCAGUCUGAAGAUAAUAGUUUCUGAGCUCAGAAAUCAAUACGUGACGUUACACGACAUGAUCCUGAAGAACAUUGAGAAGAUCAAGAAGCCUCGAAGCAGUAACACAGACGCGUUGUAUUGAUGUUCCUCCACCCGUCUCACCCUCCACCCGUCUCACCCUCCGCCUCCUCGCCAUGCCUGUUGAGCUACAGCAGCCCCGUUCCUCUGGACUACCCACUUCAGUACAAUCAACACAACCCAGUACAAAAACAUCGCUCCCAUAGACGGAGACAACGCACAUGUUUUUGUUUUAAAAGUAAAAUAUUUUUCUUGUUUUAAAAAAAAAAAAAAAAAAAAAAACUUUUGAAGGAAAACGGUGAGACAGAUCGUAGAUUUUUUUUUUUUUUUUUUAAAUUAAACAUUUCGUCCUGAGAUCUUUUGUGAAAUUGUUUUCAUUUAAGAAUAAUUCGUCGGAGCCGCGUGGCUUGUUUUUCGUUCCCUAAACGUUUUAUUUUUCUCACGUCAGACUUCUUCAUCUGGAGGAUUGUUGUCGAGCGGAUCCGCUUUUCUUCCGAAAGUUCUACAUGUUAUGAAUUACGCAAUACAGUCGUUGCAUAAGCAGGUUUUAGAUUAUUCGUUUUCAGUGAAAAUUCAUAAUUCAUGUUGAGGCAUUCAUUCUACUCAAUAAAACGUAUUUUUAUUUUUUUCUGA